AUGACAACGCCAGCCAAUGCGGCAAUUCAACCGCUCACAUCAUCUUAUAAGACUUACCGUCGACCACGGCGUCGACCUGCUCAUCUGCGGACUAAAACUGGAUGUCUGACCUGCCGUCGACGCAAGAAGAAAUGUGAUGAGACUCGUCUUGCGUGUUUGAACUGCGCCAAGCGAGGCCUUAUCUGUGAAUGGCCACCCAGUGUGACCGAGACCGGGGGUUGGGCUGGCAAUUCUCCUCCUCUGAACAGACAGAGAUCAAAUAUUCUCGACAACGGGACCGCCACCACCGUUGUCAAAUAUGAUCAUCAGAGGCCGUGGAGAACCUACUGCUCCGAUGAAGUAUCGGAUGAUUCCAGCGAAGUCGGCUCCUCCACAGGCUCCUCAAUUGUCGGCGAAGGGCCUCGGAGACAAUCGGCUUCUUCUUACAUGACAGUCCUCAGUGGCUUGCACCGCCUCUCUACCAACCCUUCAUCGGCUGUCAUCCAAGAGAGUGGGCGCCUCUUUGAUUUUCUCAGAGUGACAUUUCUCCCUCAACUCAUUCGACCGACAGCGAAUGGUCGUAUCAUUGAUUUCUUUACACAGGAGACACUGACACUAGCCAUUCACUGGCCAUUUUGUAUGCAUGCUCUUCUCGCCUGUUGCGGAUCAGAGAUUCCUACCGGUAACGGAGAAUUCCGUCUGCUGGCUCGCUUCCACUAUGUUCGUGCAGUGGAAGGACUGCGCGCCAACCUGGAUAACGGUAGAUUGAACCAGCAGUGGAUUGUAACAAUUCUCACCGUCCUCAUGCUUUGUAUUUACGAGAGGUCUAAACCACAGGGCUCAACUGCCGUCGAUAUUCAUCUGGUGGGAGCAGCGCGGUUGAUUCGCUUGGACUCCCAGCGUUCUCCCUCCGAGUGUCCUAAGUCAGAGGUCGACAAGGCUAUGCAUCGCCUAGUCCGGGAGUCGUUCAUCUUCCACGUUGCGACUAGUCUGCCAUUCCAGCAGAUGGCAUCGCCCAAUGCUGAAAUUGACUCGGCGUUCUCACUCGCCGAAGAUACGCUGGGUCAACAUUUUCACAUCCACUCACCCUCUCAUCCCGACUCACCAGUGCUCGGCGUUCCUCCCCAAUUAUUUCGAUGCAUCUACACCAUCUAUCGCCUAUACCAAGAGUGUUCCCGAAGAGGUGUAGAUAUUGAUCACUGUCGCCGACUGGAACAAGAACUGAUAUGGUGGGACCAUUUGAUGAUGGAUCGCCCAACCUCUGGGCGAGACCAGUCGGGGGAUGACAACUGCGUUGCGAAAGGAGCCUUGGACCACCCGAACGCGUAUUCAAGUUCCCCUCCUUUCAUCGGGCCCAGACUGUACGUCUUGGGCGCCCGUAUUCUUCUACAACGCAUGGUUAUCCCUGGUCUCACUGGAUCCGAUCCCGUCAUCGACCAACUGGUGACCGAGGCGAUGAGCGUAGUCCAGCAGCUCGAGCCCGCGCGCGACUAUUUCGCCGAGUACUAUUGCUGGCCGUUCUUGGUCCUAGGGCUCAUUUUGGAGCAUCCUCCGGACCAAGGAUUCCUCAUGUCGCAGAUUCUGGCUUUUUGGUCCGCCACCAACAACGGCACGAUGCGACGACUGGCCGAUAUGCUUCGUCUCUACUGGCAGUCUCGUCCGCCGCGACAGAUGCCGAUUGAAAUGUUUAAAUAG